AUGGAUAAUAAAGAAGAAUAUCAUGAUCCUGACUAUCCAGAAGUGCCAGUAGUUGUCAAAGAGGAGCCCCAAACCUUCGACGAAGAGGAGAAAGUUAAAAAAAUCAAAGAAAUCAUCAGGCGGGAAUUUUUAAAUGAACUUGAAAUUAGAGAAAAUGAAGUUAUGCUAAUAGAUCAACGCAUGACAACAUCCCGCCGAUUACUGCAUCGUCUCCGGUAUGCCCUCGUAAGCAACUACUACAAUGAUCAGAAACUCAAACUGAGCAAUGGGCAAGUGCAGGACGAGAUUGCAUCACAACAUGAACCCCGAGCUAGGGCUGAGGUUUCGUCAGUCCUACGAGAUGGACAGCGUCGCUUGCAUCCGUCCGUCCGCAAGCUGCUGGGCAAGAAGGCCGUGGAUCUGGACGAGAUAUUCAAGAUCAGAGAGCCCCGGAACAAGACAAGAAAAGAUUAUUCUGCAAUGCUUCAGAAACGUAACUACACAAUAUCAGCCGACACAACAAAAACCCUACGUCCGGACAGUAAGCCAGAUGAUAUCGAUCUCCUGGAGACGUCAGAAGAUCCGUGCACCAGUCGACCGAAGAAGGUCCCACGGCAUCUGGACCCCAAGGCCACCAACGUCCUCACCUUGGACGAGGUGACUAGAAAUAAGACGAAAUAUAGAUACAGGAUUGUCAUAGGUAACACGUCGAAGUACGCGCCGCCCGCGUCCCGCGCGGACCGCUCCACGCACAAGUGGCUGCUGUACGUGCGCGGCGCGCCGCACGCGCCCGACCCCUCCGCGCUCGUCACGGCCGUCACCGUGCGCCUGCACCACUCCUACGCGCCGCACCACACCGUGCACAUCGAUAAGCCCCCGUACCACGUGUCCCGUCGUGGUUGGGGUGAGUUUCCCGCCAAGAUCGAGCUUCACUUCGCAUUACCGGAGCGGAAUAGGCCCGCAACCGUCGAGCACACUAUCAAGCUGGACAGAAACUACACAGGCCUGCAGAUGCUGGGUGCGGAAACACUAGUAGAUGUCUGGUUAUACAGUACACCAGAAAUGAUUCAGUAUGAGUUCAAAGAAGACGCUGAAGUAACCACAACCCAAGACCAACCUCAAAUCAAAUCCGAGCCAGAACUACAAACAGAGACAAUCGAACAAAUGGACACAGACCCUAACGACAUACAGAGCGACAAUUGGUUAGACUUCUUCUCAAAAGGACCUUCAGAAGUAGACGUUGAUGAACUGAUAAUAAAACCAUUAAAAAAACCCAGUGAGAUAAAGACAGAAGUGGAGGAAGCAAUGGAUGUGAGCGAGACAAAUAAUGUCGUUGAAAACGAGGAGGUCAUCACCGAUGGUGUUGUCAAAAUUGAGUCAACGUGGUCGGACGAUGGUAACCCUUAUGAUAUACCAAAUGAGAUUCUCACUCAACCGACGUCGCCGAAGAAGAGGAUAGUUAAGUAUAUAGACCCAACCACAGGGAAGAUAUAUUAUCUAGAAAUGGACAGAGCAUUAGAUUUGAGCAAGGUUCAGGAAAUCGUCAUAACUAAUCAAACAGCCAAAAUCAGUCCGGUCAAAGCUAACGGCGUCAAGAAUAUCCGAAAGAAAAAAGGCGGUGUAUCAUUAUUGAAGCCUGAAGUAAAAAAUAUGUUAAAAAAUUCAGAAAAUAACGUCAAAAACAUGUCCAAUUAUGCUCAUAUAGAAAAUGAUCAUUGUUAUCUGGCAACACCGAAAAAAAUUCCCAGUGUUGCUAGUGUAGAAAUUAAAAAAGAAAGGACGUUGUAUGAGUGUCUAUGCGCGAAUGUUGGUAGGUUAAAUACAGUGCGGGCCGCAGUUAACUAUUUGGUAAAGAAAAUACCCUUAAUCAGUGAUCAGGCCAGGGACCCAGACUUUGUUAAAUUUUUCCCUUUCGUUGUCGAGUCUGAGGAGAGGUAUUGGAAGCUGGACUUCGCUAAAAGAAGAAAUAUAGAGUGGUCCCGAGCGAAACUAAUAAACAAAAUCAUGACAGAACAUAUACCUACAAACGAAACAAUAUGGCGGACGAAACAGAUUCUCCUUUACUCUCGACUCCAUGGAUUUUAUCCCACCAGAAGUGAAACCGUCACGCAAAAAACAGACACAAACGAAUGGUCAUCUUGGAACGACUUCGAGAACAUUAGAAAAGUCGAAUCCAGCAUCAAAGAGCUGUACCCAAAUUCAUCAGACAUUAAUUCAUUAACGAUAUUUGAUGACAAAGAAUAUAGCCGGAUAUCUGAAAUGUCAGACACCAUAGACUUAUCUGAUGAUGAGGAGGACGUUGAUGUGUUGUCUAUGGAAAGGAGGGUGCAAGUCAAACAGGAAGUGUCGCCAGAUGGGAGUGGUUUAACGGUGUUACCAGUUGAAAAUGAAGAGGAAAGACUCCGAUUUAUGUUUAUUGAGAGGAAGUGUGCUGAUAUAGGAAUUGAGUUGAGGAAUGAGGAUGUGGGUAACGGAUAUUCUUAUAGUGCUGUUCAUGCCGUAUUGCUGUCAGCGCUGUCGAGUUUCGCGGAGGAGUUGGUGAGGAGUGCUCUGGCGACCGGUCUGACGCAGGGGGAGGAGGGGAGUUUCUCACUUUGGUCUGGGUCCCGCGGCGGGGCGGUGUGCGCGGGCGGGGUGCUGGGCGCGGUGCGUGCGCGCGCGCGGCUGCGGGCGCUGUGCGGGGCGGCGCUGGGUGCGCACGCGCAGGAACACGCCGGCCCGCUCUAA